UCUGCGGCUGCGCAGUGCGAAGACAGGCGGGCACGGCCAGCAUGUUUGGACCUUCACUCCUUCAUGUUUAACGGUGUUGUCGAGUUUUGAACAACAUUCACACACACGCCGCCAUGUUGUUACGUACGGCGUGCGUUGGUCUGCAGUCCGCGGGUUCCUUCCCCGCACGCACACUGAAGAACGUCACUUGUGCGUUAAUAACCAGGACGUGUGGUCGCUGCGGUGUCAGCGCGACGUCAGCUCACCGCGGAGGACAACAACCGGAAGCCCCGCGGAGGCACCCCCACCGCGACACGGUACACUUGCGGCGUGUCGAGCCCGCACGUCAGCCGAGCGGAGGCCGGGCAUCGAGUGUGUUGAGGCGAGUGGACGCCGCGGCUUUGCUAGCAGGUAACAUCCGGCCUUUAUCCACCAUGGCGUCGAGUCACGCUGCGUCCACGGCCACAGCCUCCAAGAGGACCGGCGACGACAACAACAUUGUGGAGGCCAGUGAUGACACUGCCAAGCUGCAGAGUCCUUCUGAAAGCUCGGACCAACGUAGUACAAGGAAGCAGCUGCCGACUAGACUAGUUUGUGAUGGAAAAACUCUAAAGGACCCCUCAACCCCAGGAAAAGCCCCCAGAGAGUCCAAGCCAGAUGGAGAUAAACCUAACAAGACCCAGCAGCUUAAAAAAGUCUUUAAGGAAUACGGAGCUGUAGGAGUUUCCUUUCACAUCGGGAUCUCCCUCACGUCUCUGGGAAUGUUCUACCUCCUCAUAUCCAGCGGGAUUGACAUGGCCGCCGUGCUGGGCAAAGUGGGCUUCAGCCAGGCCAUCAUUCAGUCCAAGAUGGCCGCGGGGACCAGCACGUUCGUCCUAGCGUACGCCGUCCACAAACUCUUUGCUCCGGUGCGCAUCAGCAUCACUCUGAUGGCGGUGCCGCUCAUCGUGCGCUACUUCAGGAGGACGGGGCUUUUCAAACCGCCCACCUCUGCGCCUUAAAGGACCUUAUUCGCUUUUGAAAGUGUCCUCAAACAUGGUGAUUGUAUGGACAUAUUACUGAAGGAUGAACAUGACAUUGGAUUUCUGUCAGAUGUACAAUCAGGGAUGUUUUAGUUUUAGCUUUGUCAACUUCCACUCUUGUUUUCUUGGCUUCUGUUCAAGUCCCUCCUUGUUUUGCAACAGCAUGUUGGAAUCUUUCAAUCCAGUGAAACUGUUUUACCAAUAAAACAUAUUUGGUACCUCAACAAAUCAAUAAUAUUGUAAAGUACAACUCUAAUAUGGCAGGGAUAUCUCACUCAACUGUUGGAGGUGAAAAACAAUAUUAGUCAAAUAUCUUCUUUUUCAGGGGUUCUUGAUUAGAUUGUUUGGCCUAUAGGGUCCACCUUAUAUCAGGCAUGUGAUUUUUCCGUCUAAAGUCGGAAUUCCGUCUUUUUUAAUCUAGGGGGGAAAAAAAUAAUUAUCUCCCGUUUUUCCGUUUUUUUUUCCGACCCUAAAUCAAGAUUCGAGACGUAGUUUAUAUUACGCCGUAGUUGAUUGGUCGAUAUGUUCCUUGUGACCAAUCAGGACAUCUGUUAUGAAUGAUGACGUUAAUAACGUCAUCAUUCAUAAUGGUUUUUACCGCCAUUUUCCAUAUGUAAACGAUGUCGGUUCUCGAGAGAAAGGACGCUUUACGAGUAAAAGAAAUUGAUAAACAUGUCAAAAAUAAGUUUCGAUGGGACUGGAUGGAAAGGGAAAUCACUGAUACUGUUGAAAAGAAGGAAGUUACGACUUUGUUCGGUGAUUUUAUUCGGAAAAUCGAUCGUCCCGAAAAGGUUUUGUGCACGUGGUGUCAUGAUAAUAUUGACUAUGGAUCACAAGGUUUCAGGGCUUUGAAAGUACAUGCGAAACACCAAAAACAUAUGAAACAAAUUGAAGCAAGGUAUGUUCUAUUAAUGAUGUUUUCAUGUCUUUAAACACUAAAAUAUUUUCUUCAAAUGGUGCUGUCUUUGUUAAUUUAUGGUGAAAAACUAGGAGCUUCGGGGUGCAUCGCCCCCCUUAUCCCCCCACCAGGGCACCGCCCUAGACCUGGCUGGGGGCUUUCGUCCCCCAGACCCCCGGAAUUUUUUUCAGUCUUUUUC